AUGAACUUUGGGUUCCUAGGUAAUAUACCCUGGAGUGGGACCCAUUCAAAGAAGGAUAUGGCAACAGCAGCCAUAAGCACAAGUACUCUUAUGGAGCCAGUCAAACAAAGAGCUAAUUUUGAUGUCAGGUUGUGGGGAUUGUCCCUUUUUUCUCUUGUUCCUUGGGCUAUUAAUGUCAAAGAUACAGUUCGAAUCCCAGCAACUGUAAACAAAGGGCUGCAAAAGCACGCCCAACCUCAUCAUGGUGCUGAAUAUGGUGCUCAGAAUUCCGCUGUGCGCUUCAGACCAUAUGUUUCCAAGGUUCCUUGGCAUACAGGUGCAAGGGCAUUUCUUUCCCAAUUGUUUCCACGUUAUGGCUAUUACUGUGGACCUAAUUGGUCAAGUGGCAAAGACAGAGGGUCUCUUCUUUGGGACAAGCGACCAAUGGAUUGGUUGGAUUUUUGCUGCUAUUGUCAUGACAUUGGCUAUGACUCACAUGAUCAGGCCGAGCUUCUCAAGGCAGACCUGGCAUUUCUUGAGUGCUUGGAGAAGCCUCACAUGAGUACAAAGGGGGAUGCUAGAGUUGCUCAUCUUUAUAAGACGAUGUGCAUUUCAGGUCUAAGGAACAUACUUAUACCUUACAGAGAGCACCUUGUGAAGUUACAUUCAGGGCAAUUAUUCACUGGGUUUGGAUGGCUAAGCAAUAUGAAAUGGAAAGGAUGGAACCUGCAAAAAGCUUGA